AUGUCAGAAAUGGAUCACAAUGGGCACAUUUGCUACAGUACGAAUGUCCACACAGGAAACUUGUGGGGGCAGAAGAAGAUGAAAUGUUGUAGCAAGUCCACUGCAGAGAGACAGAGAGAACAGUUUGGACUAGAAAGAAAAGAGGAGGUGCAGUUGAAUACAAACUCUGUGGUGGAGACCCUUAGCCAGAGAAUUUUCCAUCAGAAAGAAACAAGGAAGAAAUGUCCAGAUGUCAUGCAGCAGAAGAGUGAGAGCAGUAGCGGGAGAGAAGUGGAUUGA